UACUUCUUGAGCAAAGCUCAACUCAGCCACAGUCAAGCUCUACUAGCGUGAGAGUACGGUGAGCGUUGCUUCAUUCUGACGUUGACACAUGUGCGGUUACCGAACUGUUGUUUGCGAGCCGAUUUUGUGUUAUUGUUGAUGAUAUACCUACCCCAUUAAUUUUGGAUUACAAUUUACAGACUUUAGGAUCAUCAAGAUGAUGAAACAUGUGCAGCUUUCUCCUUACAGGAGUAGAGCGGAUACAGUUUCCCUGAGUUCGACGACUUCUUAUGGAAGUUUAAGUCCAGAACCCCUAGGAAGCAGAUCUUCAAGUUACUCCUCGCUCAACGAAUCCACAAACAACCUACAGACAACCAUCAAAAUAUACGCAAGGUGCUUGAGGUCAGACAUUGAGUACAAAACUUUAUCCAUAACCUUCCAAAGCACUUGUAAGGAAGUCGUUGGGAUGCUGCUAGGCAAAUACAAGAUGAAACACAGAGAUCCAAAAUUGUUCUACUUGAGUAUGGAGGUGACAGUGAGAAAAGCUGGCGUCAGGACAAUCUUGGCACUUGAUGAUGAAGCUAGACCUGCUGCUCUACAACUAUGCCAUCCUAAGGGAGACUCAAAAUUUUCUCUACAAACCAGAAGAGGUGGUUUGGUGAAAAUAUACGACUCAGUGUUGAACAGCAAUUCUCAAUAUAAAAGUCUGUUGGUCAGCGCUAAAACUUCCUCGGACGAACUGAUAGCUCUACUGCUGAAUUGUUAUAACAGUAAAGAAAGGGUUGAGCAGUUCUCCAUCUACGAAGUCAACACGGAGAAGGAACAACAAAGGAAACUGCAUCCGGAUGACAGACCUCUUCAGGUUCAGCAGACGUGGAUACCAAAUCAGAAAUGUCAUUUUCUCCUUCGCAGAAAUCCAGAUUAUUUGCCACUAUCCAGGAGAAAAAUUUUUUGGAUAACGGAUCCUCCAGUGCCUAAUAAAAUGGUCCAAUCAACGCCACAUCUCUUGCAACUGUCCAAACCCCAAGCAGUCUUAGCAGCUGAAAGGAAGUCAGAGGAGAAACCAAAAUCUACAAAUUCCAGUCCGAAACAUAGGGAAUACUAUUUAACGCAAAACAAAGACUUGAAGAUUUUCGGUAGUAGCAACGCCUUGACGAGUAGAAAUGGUACUCCUUCCUAUGCCGACUACGAAAAUUAUUUUUACAUAUAGACUGUACAAAAGUCGCAAUUGUAAAUAUAACAUUGCCUUUUUCGUGACAAAUGGAAUUGCCCGUUUUGUAGAUAAUGUGUGAAGUCUAGUUGUUGUAUAAAUGUUUAUUGUUGAACCAAAGACUAGUAUGUGACUGCUAAUUUUCAAAGUAUUUUGAAGAGUCUCUGGUAGCUCUAAGUUAUAAUCGAAUGUUUAUUGUUUAUUUUUUUCGACGAAGAGUUUUUAGCUUUGUUUUUGUACAUAUUAUAUUCUACUUUGCUGCAUUACAGACACUUCACGAAAAAAUUCAAUCCCUUCUUGGAUUAAAAUAAAUUUGAAAAAAUCGAUUAAAUCGAGCAUUGAAGCUCUUCGGUAUAGUACUGGCGGAAGUUUUUAGAUUUCAAUAUCACAGUGCAAUCAAAGUAUGAAUAUUUCUAAUUCAAAUGGACCAAAGAAUUCAUAUGUAAAUAAGAUUUACAGUUUUUUAUUCUAAUAUAUCAAUAAAUGAAGUGAAUUUUCAA